AUGCGUGACAGCGUUUUGAAGGCUACCUAUCAGGCCUCGCAGUUUCGAGAGCUCAGUUUCAGUCAGUGUCGACUGUGGCUGUUCGGGACGCUGUUUCCCGACAUCAAUGGCAGGAAUGCUGUGAACAUAGCUUUCUUGAGUGGCCGAAAUGGAGCCGUAAGACUGCUGUUCGAGAUCAACGCCAGUGAACUUAAAUUUCCGUUCCUUGAAAGAUCCAAAGGGAAGCCUCUCUUCCAAUUCUUUCAUUUUCCUUUGAUAGAACUGGUCGCUGCCACCAACCCCAUCAUCUACAUGAGUUCCAAGUAUACUUGGAUGAAGUUUUGA